CAGACUUAAGUAGCUCCGGGGUUCAAAGUAAGGAAAAACUUUGGAAAUACCCUCUCCUGGUAUGUUUUGUAACGGGAAACGGUCCUUAAAGUGAUAUUUUCGCGUCGGUGAGUGAGCGUCAGUUGCGGUGAUAUAGAGUGUCCGGCUGCAGUCAGCUCGGGAAAGCCGCUCUGUGGUUUGGCGCUGCUAACGCGCGCGAGUUUUCAAAGUGGGUGAGUCUGCUUACAGAGGCUGCAGCUAGCAGGGGCUAGCUUUGCCCACUACAAAUUUAACUUCUAGCUUAAAUGCUCGCAAACUGGCCCAUAUUGGGUGAUAAAUCUGCAUCUCUAAUUAAAUGUAUUUGGCACAGACUUCUAGAAUACGGCUGGGCCCCCCCUUGUUUUAGACAUGGCCGGAGUUACCGCUGGCUAGUUAGCUUCACUGUUUUGUAAUGUAAACAGCAGCGUGGCUAACAGUUAAAGCUAAUACUCAGAUAAAGGGUUAAGAAGCUCAACAAAGGAAAGGUCUACCACGUUUUUUUUUCUUCCAACGGCAUCCCCCUAAAGCACCAGGAGGGUGUGCAUGAUGUCUAUUGAUUUUGACAGUGCUGCGCUUCAAACCCAGCAAGAUGAAGAAGAAUACGACCAAGAGGACUACGCGAGAGAGCAAGAGCUACACAAGCUGCUCACAGACCUGCCUGAUGACAUGCUGGAAGACAGCAUAGACUCCUCCUCCCCAGAUCUGGAAUAUACUAUACGCCGUAAUAAAAACACUGGCAACAGCCCACAGUCCAGCUGGACUCAGCAAUGGUCUGAUCAUCCAAGACCAGCUCCUCAUGCACAGAACUAUGAAGAGCACUAUGAUGAAGGCUCUAGCAAUGAGUAUGCAUAUCAGGAUGGAGCUGCUCACAUUAAUGGACAUCAGAGCCACCCUCAAAGUCAACCUCUGCCUCACACCUGGAACCAGGAUCAUCAGUUCACACAAGCAGAUUAUACAUGCACAAGCAUGGGCACAGAAAAAAUGACAGAGACCAGUGAUUUUUCCACUGAGUUUGAGUCUAAACCAUAUCCUCAGGGUGCUGGUAAUCAUGUGGAAUAUAAUGGAGAAAGAGGAUAUAUGAACAAGCAAAGCCACCAAUUUCAAUCUGAAGUGUGUGACAGAGGUGUAAAUCAGUACAAAGUCAGCUACAAUCAUCAUCAUCAUCAUCAUCAUCCUGCCCAUCAGCCAAAGAUGUUUAAGCCACAGUCUGUGGAGCAAGAAGGUCAAUUCAACCAUCUGCAGAGGGAGUUCCUUGACUCGACACAACAAAAUGCUGACAGGGAGCAGCUUGCCCAGCUGCAGAUUUUGAACAAAGCUCAACAGAGGCAAAUCGAAGACUUGGAGCAAAAACUUGAGGAUUCACGGCGUAACAUGAGAUACCUCGAGCAUCAGUUUGUAAUCGUCAAAGAUGAAAAAGAUGGCCUAGCAGUAAGUUUAAAGGAAGCGAGUCGAUUGAUUGAAGAAGCCAAGGAGAGAGAAGUCCAAAUGCAAAAGAAGCUGAAGGCAGUGGAGCAGCAAGUGCAGAUCCUCAACGAGAAAGACCAGGAGAACAUGAAGAAGCAGAGGGUGGCAGAUGCUGCAGUGGACAGCAUGAAGCAACAGAUGUUGGAGCUUUGUCGAUCUGACACCCUGUCCAGAGCACGAGAACAGCAUGAUAGAGACCUGGCUGUCAUAAAGGAACAGCAUGAGGCUGCACUGUUAGCCCUACAGCAGAAGCUAGACUCCAGUUCUCAGGCUUUGAAUGAACAGCUUGAUGUUGGUCAGAAGUUACGGGAGCAUGUGAAGCUGUUGGAGCGCCAGAGAGAAGAAGAGCAACUGGAGAGAGCCAGAGUGGUGAAUGCUCUCACUCAGCGGCUUGAGGAGAGUCAACAACAAUCUGCCAAGCUGCUGCAGACAAGUUCAGUGCAAGAGAUGAGUCAAAUGCAAAUCAAACUACAGCAGGCACAGUCAGCCAAGGCACUGAGUGAGAACAUGAACAAAGUUUUACAGGAGGAUAUGGCUGAUUUGAAGGAGCAGAUCGCCCUGUAUGAGUCUGCGGUGAAACACGGUGUUAUUGCAAUAGACCUAAGCAGCGACUGGGAGAACCAGCUGUCUGAAUCCUGUGUGGAUCUAGGGUUGAAGAAAACAAACAGGAAAAAUGGCAUGCUUCAGAGUACUGCUCUGGCUCACCUGUCAGACUCUAAGCUGCCCAAGGAUGAGGCUUUAAGGUUGUUACGAGUGGAGAUGCAGCGCUGUCUGGGUAGUUUAAAGGGGAAGCGGCAGAAGAUCAGUCAGCUGCAAGAGGAACUCCAGCAGUGUCAGCGUCGAGUGAAUGAGCUGCAGAUUGAGUUAGAUGAAGCAAAACUCAACUCUUCAGUGAGAGAGACCAGCCAGAUGAAACAUCCAGACCUGACUGGAGACACUCAAAAAGAGUUGAUGAGAUUACAGGAGGACAAAAAACACUUGCAGGAACAAGUGGAGCUGCUAGAAAAGAAGAGUAAGGAGCUGAAAGAGAGCGAGGAAAAACUGAGGUCUGCCAAUUCUGAGUUGUGCACCAAAAUGAGGGAGAUGAUCCAGGAGCUCGACCAAGAAAAGCAAGAAGCUGCUGAGAGAUCUGAGCGGAUUCAUCAGCAGUAUAGGGAUGACGUUGUUAACAGGGUCAGAACAGAGCUCAUGCUGGAACACGAUGCUCAGGUAGAGCAGCUGAUGGCACAGCACCAGCAGCAGGUUCAGCAGUUGCAAACCCAGCUCUCUGAAGCUAAUGAUAAGAUGUUGGCAGUACAAGAAUGUUACAUAUCUGUCUGCAAGGAGAAGGACUUGCUUGAAGAAAGCAUACGCAGCAGAGAGAAGGAGGAGGUGUUCAUCAGAGAAGAGAGUGGCACAGCUAUGGAGAAGCUAAGACGUGAACUUGAGGCUCAGCAUCAGGCCUCAGUAAUGGAACUCAAAGCUCGCUGGUCUAAAGAGAAAGAGGCUGAGCUCCAGCAGCAAUUGAAUUCUCAUUUAGCAUCUGCGGAGGCUGCAUGGAAGGAUAAACUGCAAAAGAUGGAGGAGACUUGGGUUCAGAGGCUGGAGGAAGCUAAGACAGAGAAACACAGAGAUAUUGCUGAGGCGAGCUGUCAGAUCGAUGAGAAUGAGGUCAGGCUGACAAUUUCUGCUGAGGAGCUGGACUCCAGGCUCAGUGCCCAGAAACAGCAGCUGCAACUGGAAGCUGAAAAAGUCAGAAGAAAAGCUGUGGAGGAAGCCAGGAAACAAGUUCAGAGAGAGUUACAGGAGAAACACCUGGACGACAUGGCUAAGCAAGUGGAAGGCGCAGUAACCAGAGCCUACAAUCGCUGGAUUGAGGAUCUGACUUCAUUGCCAGAAUACCAAGCUGCUCUCCUAACAGAGAAAGAGAAAUGGGAACAACUGCAAGAAAAACGCACAGACCAGCGGGUGUCCCAAGCCCUGAAGGAAGCAGAAGAGCAAGGGUGUGGGAAGCACAAGAACCAGCAGGAAGAGAACAGCUCUGGGGUACAAAGGAUGGAGGAGCUGCAAGAGGAACUGGCAGCUCUCCAGAGCCAGCUGGAGCAAGUGACCAGAGAGCAAGCUGCCUUAUUGAAAGCAGAGUUAGCUGCUGCAAGAGCAGCCUGGAACAGAGACAAACAGCAGGAGAUGGCCAUCAUCCAGGCCCGCAGUGAGCAGGUGUACCAAGCCAAGCUACAAGAGCAGUGCAAAAAGCUGGAACAGACUGUGCACCAAGCCAGAGAGGAUGCUGAUCUCCAGAACAAGGAGCUGCUCCUGCAGAUGGAGGCCAAGCUUCAGCAAACUGUGAGGGCUCGAGAAGAGGAGUGGAAAUGCCAGCAUGCAGAGAUGGAGCUGAUUCAGAGACAGCAGAUAAGAGAUGAAUUACAAGCAGAGCUUCAGGCAGUGCUAGCAGAGGUCCAGGCCCAACUUCUCAGGGAUCCUAAGAGAGAUCACCAGGGUACUGAAGACACUCAGAGGACCAGCGGGGCCAAAUCAGAGGCUACGAUAACACACAUCAUCCAAUCGUCAUGCAGAGACAUGUUGAAAAGAGCAGUAGCCCAGGCUAAGAAGGAGUGGAAAACAAUGAGUGAAGAGAAUCUGAGCCGUGUGUUAAAGGAAACACAGGAACAGCAUGCAAGAGAAAUCAAGAAAAUGCAAACUGUCUUAUCCCAGCGGAGGGAACAAUCUCAUUGCAGGAAGGAGUGCAGUGAAACUCUAAGUAAGCUGCAGAAGAAGAACCAGGAGCUCCAGAGACAUUUGGAGAAAACCUGUCGGCAACUCCAGCGCAGUGUUAGAGAGCACAAAACUGCCAUGCAGCAUCUUAAAGAUGAGCAUGAAAGCAGCUUACAAAGGGUAAAGGAGGAACAUCUUCAACAGUUAGAGGAAGUGAAGCGAGCCAAAGAAUCCUCAGGAAAUUUUGGUCAGCAUCAAAAUCUUCAGCAAGGCCUGGAGGAGAUGAAGCAGCAGUACCUGAUGACUGUAGAAAAGAUCAGAGGAGACAUGUUGCGUUAUCUCCAGGAAAGUCGAGAGCGUGCAGCCGAGAUGAUCCGCAGAGAGGUGCAGAGGGAGAGGCAGGAUACUGCCAGAAAGAUGCGGCACUAUUAUUUGACCUGUCUGCAGGAAUUAUUGGAAGAUGGAGGACAGAGUGCAGGUGCUGAAAAGAAAAUAAUGAAUGCUGCAAGCAAGCUGGCAGCCAUGGCCAAAGUGCUGGAGACACCUAUCAAAAGUAAAUCUGGAAAGAACCACAGUUUACCGAGCUGUUUGACGGCCGUGUCCACCGCUGGUUGCCCUCCAGGUAGAAACGCAGGUUUCACUAAGCACCUGUCAACCCUUACUGAGCUUCCUGACUUCAGGCCAGAGGAGAGAUCCCAAAGGGAAAUGACUUGUGCUGAUUCAGAGCAGAAAUCAACCACAGAUGGGAGAACUAAACCUUUGAGCCACCUGGACAUCCCUGCAUCAAGGAAGGAGGAGACCUCUGUGGAUGUAGGGGUGAAGCCCCAAAUUGCUUACACCAACCAACCCUCUUACAAACCCUUUAAUCAGAUGGCUUCUCCAUCCCACAUGGAUCACGUCAAUGUUUCUGUAAGGUGUAAAAGCAGGGAGAUCUACAUGCAGGGAGGUGAUUCGAGGAAAGCUGAAAACCAGAAUCAGAGCAAACUUGUCCUCAUCCAGGAUGCUCCUGUUAGGGACGAUAAACAGACGGAGUGGAGCAUGACUAGUGCUGACUCUGACACAGACUUCCAAGUCCCCAGACUGUCCUACUCAGGAAAGAAAGUAGAACCUGUGAAACCCUUCUCUGUGUCUUCUGUAUCAGCCAGCAAUAUAGGGGAGUUUGGCAGCCUCAGCCCCAAUGUUUCUGACCUCACUGUUUAUAAUGAGAUUGCCAAGAACACACCUCACACCGAGACAUUUGCGCAUGCAAAGAGGAGUAUGCACAGAGAGCCUACACCUGGCUCUGAAUGUGAGAAGGAGCAGGGAGUCUGGUCAAGGCCUCUUUUCUCUGAGUUGAGACGGUGCCAACAGGACAGCGGCUUUGACAGUCCCUCUACCAACAAAAAUGACAAAUGAAGGGCAGACGUGAGGUACAGUUUCAGUUAGCUUUAUCAAAUAGUGCCUUUUAAUAAAGUGUUAAAUGUUUACAUUAUAUAGAGACUGUCCUAAAGGUGCUUGCAGUGUGUGCAUGUUGAGUUAUUGUUGAAGAGAUAGUUUGAUCUGUUGGGCAGCGUUUUUGCUUUUCUUGGUGAGUUAGAAGAGAAGACUGAUAAAACUCAUGUUAAGCAUGAAGCUACAGCCAGGAGCUGGUUGGCUUAGUUCAGCAGAAAAGCUGAAAAUACAGGAAACUGUUAAUUUGGCUCUGAAUCUUAACAAACUCAGCCUACCAGCAUGUUUGAAACUUACCAAAGAGGAUUAGGGUCAUUGAAAAAAAUAUUUUUUGGUCAUGAAUUUUCAGGAUUUUGAGAGGGGGGGGAAAGUAUUUUUUUCUUUUUCUAUCAGUUCUUUUUUCCCCAGUGGCGUUAUAACCCUCAUCAGUAUAAACUCAACAAUUAACAAAUGAUAUGUUAUUGAAAUAAUAAGCAAAACAAGGGUCCUGUUUUCUGUCUGUGGUUGUUAGGUUUUUCAGUCCCAGUUGGUGUUUUUAUGUUUUUUGUUUUAAAUGUUUGUUAAAUGUCUUUCUAUACUGUG